GCAGGUUUUGUUAUUGUUGAUAAUGUUAUAAACUCCUCCGCUAGUCCGGUAAAAAUCAAGAAAACUGGAGUGAAAUUCUUCAUUGUCACCGAUGAAUCUCGCUGCUUAUGGCGGAGAUCCAACGGGGAACUUACUCUGCGUUAAUUUUAAUCAAGACUGUAGUUCUCUGGCAGUUGGAUCAAAAGUCGGCUAUAAAUUGUUCUCUUUAAAUUCUGUGGAAAAGUUAGAGGAGAUUUAUGAAUAUGGAGAAACAGAAGAUAUUUGCAUAGUAGAGAGAUUAUUUUCAAGUAGUCUUGUAGCAAUUGUCAGCUUGUCUGCACCUAGAAAGCUCAAAGUUUGCCACUUCAAGAAAGGCACAGAAAUAUGCAACUACAGUUAUCCCAACACAAUCUUAGCUGUCAGACUAAACAGAGUGAGGCUGCUGGUUGUGUUAGAAGAAAGUUUAUACAUUCACAAUAUUAGGGAUAUGAAGGUUCUACACACAAUAAGAGAUACACCGCCUAAUCCAUCAGGUCUAUGUGCUCUGUCUGUCAACUCUGAUAACUGCUACCUUGCAUAUCCUGGAAGCAAUCAGAUUGGUGAAGUCCAGAUAUUUGAUUGUGUAAAUUUGAGGGCAGUCACAAUGAUUCCAGCUCAUGAUUCACCUGUAGCUGCCAUGGCAUUUAACAGUGCUGGCACAAAGCUAUCAACAGCAUCAGAAAAGGGAACAGUUAUUAGAGUGUUUUCAAUUCCAGAUGGAAUAAAGCUUUAUGAAUUUCGACGAGGAGUAAAACGGUGUGUUACCAUUAACUCACUGGCAUUCAGUCAUGACUCGCUAUUCCUGUGUGCCUCAAGCAAUACAGAAACUGUGCACAUUUUCAAACUUGAAGCUCCAAAGAACGAGCCUACAGAUGAAGCAGGCGGUUUGAUGGGUUAUUUUGGCAAAGCGCUAAAUCCCAGUAGCUAUCUUCCGGUUCAUGUCGCUGAGGUUUUCAACCAAGAGAGAGCUUUUGCUAGCGUCAGAUUACCACAAGCAGGUCUUAGAAACGUCUGUGCCAUAGCAAUGAUCGGCAAGCUCCCUCGACUGCUAGUGUCAAGCGCAGACGGUUACCUUUACAUCUACAAUAUCGACCCCGAGGAGGGAGGGGACUGUACGCUUCUCAAGCAACAUAGGUUAAUUGGUCAAGCUGAAGGUCUUGAUAAACCCUUGGAAGAAGAGAACUCCCCCACAGACCCCAGUUCUUCUCCAUCAAACAAGGAAGAAGAAUCCCAAGACACGAGAGCCCGGGCAUCUUCACAGACCAGUCAAAACUCUCCACCUUCAGGAGUAGCCACGGGUGAUUUUUCCCAAACCGCCACUGCCUUUGGUGACCCUCAGGGAUCUGGAAACUUGAGAUUGGAUGACGAAUCUGAGUACCCACCGCUGACCGUACAUAACGACUAACUUCUCCGAUAUAAAGCUUGGUAUUUUUUUCUGAGCUUUUAAUAAUAAAAACCCUGUGCAGACGGUCUUGGUUUUUAUUACCUUUGACACAAAACCGUCUGUCUCGUGUUGAACAUUCGAUUGCCAUUUGGUGACAGUUUUGGCUCUUCAAGAAUUCUUCUUCAUUUUAUUGCGCCAAGUUUGCCAACAAUGCUAUACCGUUUGAUGUGUUCUGCACUUGACCAAACAAUAACGCCAGAAAAAUCGUCGAAAAUAGGCGAUCAGUGGAAAUUUUUUUCGGAGUAGCGCCAGGUUUUACAGCGAGUUAUAAAAAAAAACCUCCCUCAAGUUGCAGAAGACAUUGAUUUUAUUUGCUUGCAUGUGAGCGAGAGUUUUGGGUAGGAAAUGGCAAAUAGCAUUUUUAAGUUAUAAAGUUGAUGUGACAAGAGAACAUGUAUCUAUCUGAUUAUCCAAAGUCCUUAAUUAAAAAAAAAGACAUAUAUUGUAUAUGGCAUAAAAUUGUUGUCUUAGAGUAACGAAACAGUUAUAGCAA